AUGUCCGAGGAGUUUUACGAAGACGACCCAUACGCCUAUGAAGAUGACGAAUCUUCUAUAACAGCGGAGGACUCAUGGACCGUUAUCUCGGCAUUUUUCCGUGAGAAGGGUCUGGUAUCCCAGCAACUAGACUCAUUCAACCAGUUCAUCAACUAUACAAUCCAAGACUCGAUUAUGGAAGACUCGACCUUGAUUCUGGAACAGCUUGCGCAACACACAACUGAGACGGACAACGUCAGCAGGAAGUAUGAAAUUAGCUUUGGAAAAAUCUAUCUGGCUAAGCCUUCGAUGACAGAGUCAGAUGGUGUCUCGCAUGCGAUGUACCCUCAAGAAGCGCGUUUGCGUAACCUGACGUACGCGUCAGGGCUUUUUGUUGAAAUCCGGAAACGUACCUACGAAGCGGUCGAUAUCCCGGGCAGAGAUCUCAAAUACCAGGUUAUUGAUGAGGAAAGCGAGAUGAGUGAUGACUCCAAGAUCUUCAUAGGGCGUGUACCGAUCAUGUUGCGCUCGAAGUACUGUUUGUUGGAUGAACUUACCGAAAGUGACCUGUAUAAGUUGAAGGAAUGUCCAUUCGAUAUGGGAGGAUACUUUAUUAUCAAUGGGUCAGAGAAAGUGUUGAUUGCGCAAGAGCGUUCGGCGGGUAAUAUUGUCCAAGUGUUUAAAAAAUCGGCUCCUUCGCCAAUUUCCCAUAUUGCAGAAAUCAGAUCGGCCCUUGAGAAAGGUUCUAGAUUCAUUAGUACAUUACAAGUGAAGCUCUACGGUCGUGAGGGAAACACAAACCGUACCAUCAGAGCAACCCUUCCAUAUAUCAAACAAGAUAUUCCUAUCGUUAUUAUUUUCAGAGCUCUAGGUAUUAUUCCAGAUGGUGAAAUUUUGGAACACAUAUGUUAUGACGUUAACGACUGGCAAAUGUUGGAGCUGCUAAAGCCUUGUGUUGAGGAAGGUUUUGUUAUCCAGGAUAGAGAAACCGCUCUUGACUUUAUUGGUCGUCGUGGUACGGCUUUGGGAAUCAAAAAGGAAAAAAGAAUUCAGUACGCGAAGGACAUUCUACAGAAAGAGUUUUUGCCUCAUAUCACUCAGCUAGAAGGGUUUGAAAGUAGGAAAGCAUUUUUCUUGGGGUACAUGAUCAACAGAUUACUACUCUGUGCCCUCGAUCGUAAAGAUCAAGAUGAUCGUGACCAUUUUGGUAAGAAAAGAUUAGAUUUGGCAGGCCCAUUGUUAGCACAGCUUUUCAAGACUUUAUUCAGAAAAUUGACCAGAGAUAUUUUGAGAUUUAUGCAAAGGUCUGUGGAAGAAGCCAAAGACUUCAAUUUGAAAUUGGCAGUCAAAGCCACCACCAUCACUGCGGGUCUAAAAUAUGCUUUGGCUACCGGUAAUUGGGGUGAGCAGAAGAAGGCAAUGACGUCCAGAGCAGGUGUUUCGCAAGUGUUGAACCGGUACACCUAUUCUUCGACGUUGUCACAUUUAAGAAGAACCAAUACACCCAUUGGUCGUGAUGGUAAGCUAGCGAAACCUCGCCAGUUGCAUAAUACACAUUGGGGGCUGGUUUGUCCUGCCGAGACCCCCGAAGGUCAAGCAUGUGGCCUUGUCAAGAAUUUAUCUUUGAUGUCUUGCAUUUCAGUGGGUACAGAUCCGGUACCCAUUAUCACAUUCUUGAAUGAAUGGGGUAUGGAACCUUUAGAAGAUUAUGUCCCUCACCAGUCUCCUGAUGCUACAAGGGUUUUUGUCAAUGGUGUGUGGCAUGGUAUCCACAGAAACCCAGCCAAGCUUGUUGACACUAUCAAAAAACUAAGAAGAAAGGGUGAUGUUACACCCGAAGUGUCGAUAGUCAGAGAUAUUAGAGAAAAGGAGCUGAAGAUUUUCACAGAUGCUGGAAGAGUCUAUCGUCCACUUUUCAUUGUGGAUGAGAAUGAAGAAACGGGCACCAAGGAGUUGAAACUGAGGAAGGGGCACGUCCGGAAAUUAAUGAUGACUGAAUACCAGGAUAUUGAGGGUGGAUUCGAAGAAGAAGACGUUAAUUACACGUGGACUUCGCUGCUCAAUGAUGGAUUGGUGGAAUAUAUCGAUGCUGAAGAAGAAGAGACAAUUUUGAUUGCAAUGCAACAUGAGGACCUUGACCCUUCGAUUGAAGCUGCUGAUCCAGAGGAAGAGCUCGACCCUGCCAAACGUAUCAAGGCCAUACAUCAUUCAAACACCUUUACUCAUUGCGAAAUUCACCCUUCGAUGAUUCUCGGUGUGGCUGCAUCUAUUAUUCCAUUUCCCGACCACAAUCAAUCGCCUCGUAAUACUUACCAAUCAGCGAUGGGUAAGCAAGCCAUGGGUGUUUUCUUAACGAAUUACAGUGUCCGUAUGGACACUAUGGCUAAUAUUUUGUACUAUCCUCAAAAACCAUUGGGUACCACGCGUUCCAUGGAGUAUUUGAAGUUCAGGGAGCUUCCAGCUGGUCAAAACGCCAUCGUGGCAAUUGCAUGUUACUCUGGUUAUAACCAAGAAGAUUCUAUGAUUAUGAACCAAUCUUCUAUCGAUUCCGGUUUAUUCAGGUCGCUUUUCUUCAGAUCCUACAUGGAUCAAGAGAAACGUAUUGGUAUGUCUAUCACAGAAUCAUUUGAGAAACCUCAACGUACCAACACUUUGCGGAUGAAACAUGGCACAUAUGACAAGCUGGACGAUGAUGGGUUGAUUGCUCCCGGUGUUAGAGUCUCGGGUGAUGACAUGAUUAUUGGUAAGACGACUCCUAUUCCUCCAGAUGCCGAGGAGCUGGGACAGAGAACUGCAUUUCACUCGAAAAGAGAUGCAUCGACUCCUUUGAGAAGUACGGAGAACGGUAUUGUUGAUCAAGUUUUGAUUACUACCAACCAGGAAGGUUUGAAGUUUGUCAAAGUUAGAGUCAGAACGACCAAGGUUCCACAAAUCGGUGACAAAUUCGCUUCUCGUCAUGGUCAGAAGGGUACCAUCGGUAUUACUUACCGCAGGGAAGAUAUGCCUUUCACUGCUGAAGGUGUUGUUCCUGAUUUGAUCAUUAACCCCCACGCUAUUCCUUCGCGUAUGACAGUCGCCCAUUUAAUCGAAUGUUUGCUAAGUAAGGUUGCAGCUUUGUCGGGUAACGAAGGUGAUGCCUCUCCCUUUACUGACAUCACGGUGGAUGGUAUUUCGAGACUACUUCGUGAGCAUGGUUACCAGUCCCGUGGAUUUGAGGUCAUGUACAAUGGACACACAGGAAAGAAGUUGAUGGCUCAAAUUUUCUUCGGCCCAACCUACUACCAACGUUUAAGACAUAUGGUCGAUGACAAGAUUCACGCUAGAGCGCGUGGCCCAGUACAAGUGUUGACGAGGCAGCCCGUCGAAGGUAGAUCCAGAGACGGUGGUUUGAGAUUUGGUGAGAUGGAACGUGAUUGUAUGAUUGCUCACGGCGCAGCGUCAUUCCUAAAGGAAAGACUAAUGGAGGCCUCCGAUGCCUUCCGAGUACAUAUAUGUGGUAUUUGUGGGUUGAUGACAGUGAUUGCCAAAUUGAAACAUAACCAAUUUGAGUGCAGGGGCUGUAAGAACAAAAUUGACAUUUAUCAGAUUCACAUUCCAUAUGCCGCCAAACUACUGUUCCAAGAAUUGAUGGCCAUGAACAUUGCACCACGUCUGUACACCGACAGAUCAAGAGAUUUUUGA